AUGCCAAGUGUACGCUCCAUUAUUCUGGCCUCACUGCCAGUCCUUCUCCUGCUUUUCGCCCAGCUACUCGCCUCCCAUCCAACCGAGCAGAUUCAAGCUAUCCUCGCUCCGUGGGUCCCAACAGCACUACAAGAUGUCGUGCUCUUCAGUCGACCUCGCGUCAUAAUUGCACAGGGCACCGUUGUGGGUACCACCUUGACAGACACGCUCAAAUCCCCUGUGGACGCUUUUCGAGGGAUUCCGUAUGCAUUGCCUCCAAUUGGGGAUAGACGGUUCCGCCGCGCGAUGGGUGUCAAUGCGUCGGACGACAUUAUCAAUGCUAGUGAUUUCGGCCCGAGGUGUCCCGGGAAGCAACUCUUGAAUCCGAAAGACAUAGGUGGCGAUGAAGACUGUCUCACGGUCAACGUUUUCCGGCCUCAUGGUGCCCAGGGAAAGCUCCCAGUUGCUGUAUACGUGCACGGAGGCGCCUACAAUCGCGGCACUGGUAAGUGCAAAUUCCUUCAACCACCUUCUUUAUGCACCGCUAAAUAUACAGCCUCCGGACACAACACUGCCUCAAUGGUCGGCUGGUCCGACGAGCCCUUUGUUGCAGUCAGCUUCAACUACCGCAUCGGCGCCCUCGGCUUUCUCCCCUCGACCCUAACCGCCAAAGAAGGCAUCCUCAACCUAGGCCUGCACGACCAAAUCCUCCUACUCCAAUGGGUCCAAGACAACAUCGCGCAUUUCAACGGCGACCCAACCCAAGUCACUCUAAUUGGCCUCUCCGCCGGCGCACACUCCAUUGCCCACCACAUUAUGAACUACACCCCCGACCAAAAUACCACGCCUCUCUUCCACCGCGCCAUCAUCGAAUCUGGCGCUGCCACCUCCCGCGCUGUGCACCCGUACAAUGCCGCCCUCCACGAAAUCCAAUUCACCGACUUCCUCACCUCAACCGGCUGCACCAACCUCCCCAACGACACAGCAAUCCUUCCCUGUCUCCGGGCCCUUCCAUCCAAAACCAUAACAUCCGCCUCCAUCGCCGUCUUCGACAAAUACAACCCGUCUAUCCGGUGGGCCUUCCAGCCCGUCAUCGACCACGAGAUCAUCCACCGCCGGCCCAUCGACGCAUGGCGCUCUGGCCAGUGGAACAGAAUGCCGAUCCUGACAGGAUUCAACACAAACGAAGGAACCUACUACGUCCCUCGCAAUCUAUCCCUCUCGGAGGACUUCACCUCGUUCUUCCGAACACUGCUCCCCGCAUACCCCGAGAGUGACAUACAACUCAUCGAUGAGAUAUACCCCGAUCCAAACAUCUACGCCUCGGCAUCGCCAUAUCUAGAGACGAGACCAAUCGCGGAGCUCGGAAGGCAAUACAAGCGCCUCGAAGCGGCGUAUGGACAUUACGCGUAUGCGUGUCCAGUACGGCAGACGGCGGGGUUCGCUUCUGCUGAUACUACUGCUAAUCAGCCGGUAUUUUUGUAUCGCUGGGCGUUGAAUAAAACCGUCAUUGGGGGCGCGAAUCACGGGGAUCAGAUGGAGUAUGAGACGUUUAAUCCGGGGGUGCGGGGAAUAUCGGAGGCUCAGAGGGAGGUGGCGGGUUUGUUCCAUGCAUAUAUAACAUCAUUUGUGGUGUACGGCGAUCCGAAUGUUCUGGGGGGCAGGUAUGAGGGGAGGGAGGUGUGGGAGAGGUACAGUGCGGAUUCCGGGGAGGGGCUAGGGGUUGGGAAGGUGAUGGUAUUUGGGGAAGGGAAUGAUGAGCGGGCUGGCGGGGAUGGGGUUGGGGUUGCAGCGGGGUUGAGGAGGGAUGAGUGGGGAAUGAGGGAGUGUGCGUUUUGGGCCGCGAGGAGUGGGAUAUCGGAGUGA